GUCUAUGAUAUAAGGGGUGGUCCAGUCUGUGGUUGGAGGGCGUUUUGCGUUAAGAUCUGUCAAUGUGCUGUCAAUUGAUCGUUUUUUAAACUUUCUAACUGUUUACAACAGCCAAGAUAUCGCAAAGUAAAAUAUUGGUGUGAAUUAAAAUACUUACAUUAGGCUUUAAUAAAAUACAAAAUUCAAAAUGACAGAUUCAAAAUAUUUCACCACUACAAAGAAAGGAGAAAUAUUUGAACUUAAAUCUGAAUUAAAUAAUGACAAAAAGGAAAAGAAGAAGGAAGCUGUAAAAAAAGUAAUUGCUUCCAUGACUGUGGGCAAAGAUGUAUCUGCACUUUUCCCCGAUGUUGUCAACUGUAUGCAGACAGACAAUUUAGAGCUUAAAAAAUUGGUGUAUUUGUAUCUGAUGAAUUAUGCCAAGAGUCAACCAGAUAUGGCCAUCAUGGCUGUCAACACAUUUGUUAAGGAGCUAGCGACAUCUCCGAUGACAAAGGAUUGCGAGGACCCAAAUCCGCUGAUUCGAGCAUUAGCAGUUCGCACAAUGGGUUGUAUACGCGUGGACAAGAUUACUGAAUACCUCUGUGAACCAUUACGAAAAUGUCUGAAGGAUGAGGAUCCGUAUGUCCGUAAGACGGCAGCUGUUUGCGUGGCCAAGCUUUAUGAUAUUAAUGCAGCAUUAGUCGAGGACCAAGGGUUUUUAGAUCAGUUGAAAGACCUUUUAUCAGACAGUAAUCCUAUGGUUGUUGCAAAUGCAGUAGCUGCUUUGUCUGAAAUUAAUGAAGCAAGUCCAAGCGGACAGCCUUUAGUUGAAAUGAAUGCGCAAACCAUUAACAAAUUAUUAACUGCUCUCAAUGAAUGUACAGAGUGGGGUCAAGUUUUCAUUUUAGAUUCAUUGGCGAAUUAUUCGCCUAAAGACGACCGUGAAGCACAGAGUAUCUGUGAACGUAUCACUCCACGUUUAGCUCAUGCUAACGCUGCUGUUGUUCUAUCUGCUGUUAAGGUACUGAUGAAAUUAAUGGAAAUGUUGCAAUCAGAAUCCGAUUUUGUUGGCACAUUAACAAAGAAAUUAGCACCACCGCUUGUAACGUUACUCAGCUCUGAGCCCGAAGUACAGUACGUAGCAUUGCGAAAUAUAAAUCUAAUUGUUCAAAAACGCCCGGAUAUUUUAAAACACGAGAUGAAAGUAUUUUUUGUUAAGUACAACGAUCCAAUUUAUGUGAAACUCGAGAAAUUGGACAUUAUGAUUCGUUUGGCAUCUCAAGCUAAUAUUGCCCAGGUUUUGUCUGAAUUAAAAGAAUAUGCUACAGAAGUUGAUGUAGAUUUUGUACGGAAAGCUGUGAGAGCUAUUGGUCGUUGUGCCAUCAAAGUUGAACCUUCAGCCGAACGCUGUGUUUCAACCCUUCUAGACCUUAUACAAACAAAGGUUAAUUACGUUGUUCAAGAAGCAAUCGUCGUUAUAAAAGACAUUUUUCGAAAAUAUCCAAAUAAAUACGAAAGUAUUAUUUCAACCCUUUGCGAAAAUUUGGAUACACUCGACGAACCAGAAGCACGUGCGUCAAUGAUAUGGAUUAUUGGAGAAUAUGCUGAACGUAUCGACAAUGCAGAUGAACUUCUUGAAAGUUUCUUAGAGGGAUUCCACGAUGAAAAUACUCAAGUCCAGUUACAGUUACUUACGGCAAUUGUUAAACUAUUCCUUAAACGACCUACAGAUACUCAAGAAUUAGUUCAACAAGUGCUUAGUUUAGCGACUCAAGAUUCCGAUAAUCCUGAUUUAAGAGACAGAGGAUUUAUUUACUGGCGAUUACUUAGCACUGAUCCAGCAGCUGCUAAAGAAGUUGUACUUGCUGAGAAACCUCUUAUUUCAGAAGAAACAGACUUGUUAGAACCAACAUUGUUAGAUGAAUUGAUAUGUCAUAUUUCAAGUUUGGCAUCGGUAUAUCAUAAACCACCUACCGCUUUCGUUGAAGGUAGAGCAGCGGGUGCUAGAAAAUCAUUGCCUGCCAGAAGUAAUUCGAACGAGGAUUCAGCUCAACAUGCAGCACAACCUCAUGCUCAAGUUAUUCCUGCUCAAGAUUCAUUGAUAGGCGAUCUUCUUAGUAUGGAUAUUGGAGGUCCAGCUAUGGUUACCCCAGCGCCAACUCCUCAGGCAGGAUUAGGUUUGGAUUUACUAGGGGGUGUUUUAGACGGAGUUUUGGGAGGAACUGAUACUGGAAGUAAUGCACCUGUUGUGUCACAAAGUACUACUGGACUUCUUGGUGAUAUAUUUGGUUUUAAUCAAGGACCUACCGCUUAUAUACCACCAAAGGUUAAUUGGUUACCUGCCGAAAAAGGUAAAGGAUUUGAUAUAUGGGGAACAUUUUCACGCAAAAAUGGACAGAUUAGCAUGGAUAUGACAUUUACAAAUAAAGCAAUGCAACCUAUGGGAGGUUUUGCUAUACAAUUAAAUAAGAAUAGUUUUGGUUUAACACCAGCUGCUCCAUUACAAGUACCAACUCCAUUGAAUCCUGGUGCUAGUGUAGAAGCUAAUGUAAUCUUAUCUACUGCUGGUGCAGUACAACGCAUGGAACCUUUAAAUAAUCUUCAAGUUGCAAUAAAAAAUAAUAUUGAUGUAUUUUAUUUUGCUUGUAUUGUUCCAAUGAAUGUAUACUUUGCUGAAGAUGGGCAAUUAGAUAAGAGAGUAUUCCUUAGUACAUGGAAAGAAAUACCUGCUCAAAACGAGGUACAGUACACGUUAAAAGGAGUAUUGUUGACUGCAGAUCAAGUUGUACAAAAAAUGCAGCAAAAUAAUGUAUUCACAAUUGCUAAAAGAAACGUAGAAGGACAAGAUAUGUUGUAUCAAUCUCUUAAAUUAACAAAUGGCGUUUGGGUAUUAAAUGAAUUAAAAAUUCAACCUGGAAAUCCUGAUGUCACGUUAUCUCUGAAGUCACGUUCUGUGGAAGUUGCACCUGGUAUAUUCCAAGCUUACAAUGCAAUUCUACAUUCUUAAACAAUUAUUCAACAUUGGAAUUGUGUAAUAUUAUAUUUUAUGACUAUGAUCUAUUUGUUUAAAUAAGUUAUUUAUGUACUCUGCAUAUAACUUAUCUAAUCAAAAAUUACUGCAAACAUUUGUUUAUAUUUUGUUAUGAACUUAUGGUAAAUUUAAUAUACUGUUAAAUUGAUCAUGAAGUAGAUGUAAAUCAAAAUAAAGAUAUACUAAGGAUCUA